AGAAUCACGGGAGUGUUAGAUGAAAACUAGACGUGAUCUAUACCUGAGGAGUGACAGGUACAGCAAGAACAAAACAGAUGAGGGUAAAGAAAAAUGUAACCGAUAUGUUCACCAAACUCCAACCCGCAGACACCAUGAGGAUACACAACAUCAAAGUGUCUCCCCGUCCUAGUAGGAAGAGGAGCUUGUCGGAUACCUUGAGGUCCAUCAAAACCAUAAAUGAAGCUGUUACUAAUGUAAAGAAGAAAGAGCCCGGCGACAAUGAGGAAAAUAUUAGAACUGUUAUUAGAUCUAUUGGAGAAACAUCGUCAGUCCAUGGUGUUAGUCGUGUGUUCAGUGGAAGCACACGGCGGCGCACAAUCUGGUUAUUGUUGAUCCUCACCUUUUCUGGAUACUUUGUGUACCAACUUCACGGUAUCUUAACACAUUACUACUCAUAUCCAAUCAAGACGAGUUUAAACAUGGAGACACGCCCUCUCCUGCUCCCAUCUAUAACCAUAUGCAACACCAACACUGUAAGGAUGUCUCAAAUCCGGGAGUCAGGGACAAAGAUAAUGAAGAAAUUGAUGGAAAUUGAGCGGCCAGGUCUAUUUAAGAACGGCACAUCCGGUUUGGAAUAUGGACGCGAGACAUUCCAGGACUUACUCAGCAGCAUGAGCAAUAUAAGCGAUACUGUGUACGACACUGCCUCAUUUCAGAUCAGUGAUUCUGAUGUAGGACAUGCUGAUGACGAUCAUCUUGGCGUAAUGGGAGGAAACGAGGCACCCGAAGAGCUUGAUGAUUUCUAUAUUCUCAAUGAGAAACUUAAACAGGAAUACGAAUCUUUGACCAGGGAGGAACGAAUAAACAUGGGUCAUGAAAUAGACAAGAUGCUACUCCACUGUACCUUCGCCGGACGUGCCUGUAAAUGGCCAAAGCGCAGACACGUGUCCAAUGAAUAUGGUAACUGUUACACGUUUGAGUCACCGUCGUAUGUCGCCACGAGGAGCGGACCAGAGUUCGGUUUCCAGAUGACCCUCAAUUUAGAGACCCAUGAAGCAAUUCCUCACCUUACACGUGGUUAUGGCGCGCGACUUGUCACCCACCAAUACGGAAGUUUACCUUUUCCGGCGGAAGAAGGGGUAACUUUGUCGUCUGCAUACGAAACUUCCAUUGGUCUUCGGAUGACCAAAAUAAGUCGUCUGGGACAACCACAUGGUUCAUGUGCUAUACCAACGGAUUACUUUGGGAAGAGAAAGGACGGAAACACGUCAUUCAGUAUACGGUACAGCAAUCAGGCAUGUAUGGUAAACUGCAAAGAGGAUGCGAUAGAACGGGUGUGUAAUUGCUUCGAGAGUAGCAUCAAGAAUGAGAUAAAUACGGGGUAUUUCCGCCGAUCUGAACAGCUACAACACUGCGCACAGUCUGUCGAAGAUUUUGGCUGCGCUACGGCUGUAACGAAAGACUUUCUCACUGGAACCAGAAGAUGUUUCUGCCCUAACGCAUGCAAUGAGACGGUUUAUUCUCGAUCCUUUUCUGGACGUCUCUGGCCAAGCCACGAAUAUUUGGAAGACCUGAUGAAACUUGCAUGCAGUAAAUAUGACCUACCACAUAAGAGCUGUCCUCUUCGAAACCUAAACCCGGACCAAAUGAGAAUGAACUUCCUGAAGAUCAAUAUUUACUACGAAGACCUCAACUUCGAGUUUUUGUCCGAAGAACCAGAGUAUGAGCUGAUGAACCUCUUGUCCGAUAUUGGAGGAUCACUAGGCUUAUUCCUUGGAGCGUCUGUACUGAGCUUAGGCGAAAUCAUUGAAAUACUCGUUGAAUUGAUUUACUUCAUUCUCAAGAAAAGCCGUAAUCAGCUAACUGGUGAAAGCAAGGAUUGAUGCAUCAGGAAUUCUCUGAAAAAUAAAGGAACCUAUGUCCAUGUUUGCAUGAAAUAGCGAAAACAGGAUAAAUGACAGAUAUAUCGCUUUAUGUUACCGAACUGCUAGAUUAUGAUACCGUAAGUAUACGUGGACCAAUUUAGUACAUGCAAUAACAUAAUUUGGAUCAACCGAUGUUUUAUUAGUUAUUUUAAAGAACUGUUUUGAACCUAAAAUCUGCACAAUAACUAUGUAUGUGCCUUGGUAUUUCAUAUUCGCUUGAUUUGAUUCCUUUUUACAACCUUCGCAUCCCGAUAUUGUACUAAUAACAUUGCAAGUAUGCUAUCUGGCUGCCUGAACUCUAUAUUCGUUUCCAUGAAUUUUGACAUGACUAUAGAAACACAUGAAAUCAUCACGUUAAGUAUUCCACACAGGAGCUGUUGUAGAGGAUUGCUUCAUAAAUAAAUUGUAAGAUUAUA